AUGACAGAUGAUCAUCAAGAUUUUUCUUUUUCAACUUUAUCAUCAUUAGAUUCAUAUUCCAAUAUAUUUGAUAGAGCUCAACAUAAUUUUACAGCUAGUUCAGAAAUUCCAUCUAUUAAUCUUGAUGAUGAAGAAUUAGAAAAAAAUCUAUUACCAACUAUUAAUCAUAAUCGUACAUUUACUAAAGAAAUAUCAAAACCAAUUAUUAAUGCAUUUACAGGAAAACCUAUUAGUCCAAAUCCAUGGAGAAAAUUAUGUACAAAAAAUAGUCAACAUCAAAUACAAACACACGAAAUUAUACCAAUUGAAAUAAUUUCAAUUAAUUCCGAUAUAAAUAUGAAACAACCAAAGCAUGAGAAAACUGUUCCACAAGAUCAAUUCAAUAACAAAAUAGUAACACGUCAAUCGCGAAGGGAUAUGAUCAGUAAUCAACGAGCGAUCGACAGUAACAAUGAUGAUGAUCAAGCAUUUGAACAAUUUUUACAAGAACAUCAAACUCCAAAAGUAUUUGAACAUGAACAAAAUACACCUAUACGACGUCGAAGAAAGAAAAGAAAUAAUUUAAAAGAUUUUAUUGAUAAUUCAUCAUCGUCUUCCAAUGAAAAUAUCAAAGAACAUUCAUUAGAUAUUAAAACAAAAGCGAAUUCUUUAAUUCAUAAUGAUCCAUUAUGGCAAAAACUAGCUGAUGUUUAUACAUCUGAAGAGUCUGAUGAAAAAAAUCAUUUAUUAUCAGCAAAUACAAAUUUAACAAUUCGAUUAAAAUCUGAAAUUUAUACAUCCGAUCAAUCAUCUAGUCCUACAUCGUCGAGUUCUUCUUCAGUAAAAACUGAUCAUCGAUCAUUAAUGAAAAAAGAUGAUCAAAAAAAUAUUCUUUUUAAUUUUCUUGAAUCACUUUCUGAACGUAUAUCAUUCGAAGAUAAACAUCCUGAUGCUAAACCUUAUUUUAUUCGAUCAGCAUUUAAACUUAAAGAAAAACGACAAGAAUUAGCUAAUAAACUUUUAGCAAUAUUCAAUCAAGAUAUUUUUUCUUCUCAACUAUCAGAUAAAAUCAGUGUAAUAUGGAGUGGUCGUUUAACAGCUACUGCUGGUCAUUGUACAACUCGACGAACAACACGUACUGCUGUAAUUACACUUUCACAUAAAGUUUGUGAUUCACCUGAACGUUGUCGUGAUACUCUUUUACAUGAAAUGUGUCAUGCAGCUGUGACUUUAAUUGAUGGUGUUAUGGAACAUGGUCAUGGACCUUUAUGGCGCCAAUGGACACGUAUGAUUGAACGAUGUUAUCCUUAUUUACCGUUAGUUUCAGUAAAACAUACAUAUGAUAUUAUUUAUAAAUUUAUUUAUCGUUGUAUUCAAUGUCAACAUCAAGUUUAUCGACAUUCAAAAUCAUUGAAUCUUGAUGUUGAUUUUUGUGGUAAAUGUAUAGGACGAUUUCAAUUAAUUAUAAAUCAUAAUCAAAAUGAAACAAAACAAGAAAAACAAACACCAAAAAAAACACUUAAUAAAUAUAAUUUAUAUGUUCAAGAAAAUUUUCAAACAAUGAAACAAGCUAAUCCAUAUUUAUCUACACCACAAUUAAUGAAACAACUUAGUGCUGAAUAUAAAAAGAGAAAUGAACAUCAACAAUUUAUUGAUUUACCUGAUUUAGAUCGAUUAAAACUUUAA